AUGGUGCGCCUGUAUUUCUCUGGAGGCUCCCGGAUGGCAGCUUUGACAGUGAUGCUAAUGGUGCUGAGCCCUCCUCUGGCCUGGGCCAGGGAGAUCCGACCACAUUUCCUGGAGUAUGUUAAGGGCGAGUGUCAUUUCUCCAACGGGACGGAGCGGGUGCAGUUGCUGCAGAGAUUCAUCUAUAACGGAGAAGAGUUCGUGCGCUUCGACAGCGACGUGGGCGAGUUCCGGGCGGUGACCGAGCUGGGGCGGCCGGACGCCGAGGUCUGGAACAGCCAGAAGGAGAUCCUGGAGGAGAGCCGGGCCGCGGUGGACACGUACUGCAGACACAACUACGGGGUCGGUGAGAGUUUCACUGUGCAGCGGCGAGUGGAGCCUACAGUGACUGUGUAUCCUGCAAAGACCCAGCCCCUGCAGCACCACAACCUCCUGGUCUGCUCUGUGAACGGUUUCUACCCAGGACACAUUGAAGUCAGGUGGUUCCGGAAUGGCCAUGAAGAGGAGGCUGGGGUGAUCUCCACAGGCCUGAUCCAGAAUGGAGACUGGACCUUCCAGACCAUGGUGAUGCUUGAAACAGUUCCUCAGAGUGGAGAGGUCUACACCUGCCAAGUGGAUCACCCCAGCCAGACGAGCCCUAUCACAGUAGAAUGGAGAGCACAGUCUGACUCUGCUCAGAGGAAGCUGAUGUGUGGAAUUGGAGGCUUUGCUCUGGGUCUGCUCUUCCUUGGCGUGGGGCUGUCCAUCCACUUCAGGAGUAAGAAAGGACACUCUGCACUUCAGCCUGCAGGUAAUGCUCUUUAA